AUGAGUACUUCGCGUGCUUUUGUGAUUAUCAAAAUGCAGAACGACGCUGGAGAAUUUGUUGACUUGUACUGCCCAAGGAAAUGCUCGGCAAGUAACCGUCUGAUCCACGCUAAAGACCAUGCAUCCGUGCAAUUAGUCAUUGCUGAUGUUGACCCGGCAACGGGCCGUGCCACUGACUCCGCCAAGAUGUAUGUCGUCUGCGGUGCUAUCAGGCGGAUGGGAGAGUCUGAUGACUGCAUAGUUCGCCUUACUAAGAAGGAUGGCAUACUUACUAAGAACUACUGA